AUGCCGACAGUUACUUUGCCGCCGAAAGAGAACGCUCUCUUCAAGAGGAUUUUGCGAUGUUACGAACACAAGCAGUACAGAAACGGGCUCAAGUUCUGCAAACAAAUCCUGUCCAACCCCAAGUUUGCAGAGCAUGGAGAGACCCUGGCAAUGAAGGGACUGACCCUGAACUGUCUGGGGAAGAAGGAGGAGGCCUACGACCUGGUGAGAAGAGGCCUGCGCAAUGACCUCAAGAGCCACGUCUGCUGGCACGUUUACGGCCUACUGCAGCGCUCGGACAAGAAGUAUGACGAAGCCAUCAAGUGUUACCGCAACGCUCUGAAGUGGGACAAGGACAACCUGCAGAUCCUCCGAGACCUGUCCCUGCUGCAGAUCCAGAUGAGAGACCUGGAGGGCUACAGGGAGACACGGUACCAGCUGCUGCAGCUGCGUCCAGCACAGCGGGCCUCUUGGAUCGGCUACGCCAUCGCCUAUCACCUCCUGGAAGACUACGAGAUGGCCGCAAAGAUCAUUGAGGAGUUCCGGAAAACACAACAGACGUCUCCGGACAAAGUAGACUACGAGUACAGCGAGCUGCUGCUGUACCAGAACCAGGUGCUGAGGGAGGCAGGCCUCUACAAGGAGGCCCUGGAGCAUCUGAACAACUAUGAGAAGCAGAUCUGUGACAAACUGGCUGUGGAGGAGACACGAGGAGAGAUCCUGUUGAAGUUGGAGCGUCUCGAUGACGCGACACAAGUCUACCGCCGUCUGCAGGAGAGGAAUCCCGAGAACUGGGCCUAUUACCGAGGCUUGGAAGGUGCCCUGAAGCCAGGCAGUAUAGAAGAGAGACAAAAAAUCUAUGAAGACGCCUGGGAGAAGUUCCCCAAAGGACUGGUUCCUCGCCGGCUCCCCCUUAACUUCCUGUUGGGCGAGAAGUUCAGAGAGUGUCUGGACAGGUAUCUGCGGCUGAACUUCAGUAAGGGCUGCCCGCCCGUCUUCACCACCCUGAAGUCGCUGUACAUCAACAAAGAAAAGGUGGCAAUAAUAGAGGAGUUGGUGGUCGGAUAUGAAACCACAUUAAAGAGCUGUCGAAUGUUCAACCAGAACGAUGACGGUAAAGAGGAACCUCCGACCACGUUGCUCUGGGUACAGUACUUCCUGGCUCAGCAUUACGACAUGAUUGACCAACAGACUCUGGCUCUAGAUUACAUCAACGCCGCCAUCGACAGCACUCCCACGCUCAUCGAGCUCUUCCUCAUCAAAGCCAAGAUUUACAAGCAUGCUGGCAACAUCAAAGAAGCUGCUCAGUGGAUGGACGAGGCCCAGGCUCUGGACACCGCCGACAGAUUCAUCAACUCCAAGUGUGCUAAGUACAUGCUGAAGGCCGGCAUGGUGAAAGAGGCAGAGGAAAUGUGCUCCAAGUUCACUAGGGAGGGAGCGUCAGCAGUGGAGAACCUGAACGAGAUGCAGUGCAUGUGGUUCCAGACAGAGUGUGCACUCGCUUACAAGUCCAUGAACAAGUUUGGGGAUGCCCUCAAGAAGUGCCACGAGAUUGAAAGGCAUUUUGUGGAGAUCACGGACGACCAGUUUGAUUUCCACACCUACUGCAUGCGGAAGAUGACGCUACGCUCCUACGUGGACCUACUGAAGCUGGAGGACGUGCUGCGAAUGCAUCCCUUCUACUACAAGGCUGCCACCAGCGCCAUCCAGAUCUACCUGAGCCUGCACGACAAUCCGCUGACUGACGACAGCAAGGAGUUGCAGGCCGACACCGCUAACCUCUCGGACAAAGAACUGAAGAAGCUGAGGAACAAGCAGCGGAGAGCCCAGAAGAAGGCCCAGCUAGAGGAGGAGAAGAAGAUUGCUGAAAAGGAGAAGCAGCUUAAGAACCAGAAGAAGAAGAAGGAGGAUGAUGAUGAGGAGAUCGGCGGGCCUAAGGAGGAGCUAAUACCUGACAAGCUGGUCAAGGUAGAAAAUCCACUGGAGGAAGCUGUCAAGUUCCUGAUGCCUCUCAAACACCUGGUCAAGGACAAAAUCGACACGCACCUAAUGGCCUUCGAGAUCUACUUCAGGAAAGAAAAAUACCUGCUGAUGCUCCAAUCCGUGAAGAGGGCGUUGGCCAUUGACCCAGACCACCCAUGGUUACACCAGUGUCUAGUACGCUUCUUUAAAGGAGUGUCUGACAGCACGGAGCUGCCGGAGACGGUCAGGACGGUUCUGAAGCAGGAGAUCACCCGGCUGUUCGGAGACAGCAACGCAACGAGCUUCAACCAGGCUUACCUCACCAAGCACUCCAACUCCAUACCACACCGACUGGCUGCUGCUAAGAUGAUGGUGUAUCUGGACUCAUCGACGGAAACAAAGGCGACAGAGCUGGCCACUGCACUAGAUGAGUCGCUCAACAACAGAACCAUACAGAUCUGCACAGAGGUCCUGGAUUGUCUCCGAGGCGGCCUGCUGGGCGACUGUAAGGAGCAUGCAGAGUCGUACCGUGCAGAGUGUCACAAGCUUUACCCCUACACGUUAGCUUUCACACCUCCCGGGUAUGAGGAGAACACAAAGAUCGCCAACGGAGAUGUCUCCACGGAGACGGAAGAGCUAGCCAACGAGAUGUGAGCAUGCUACAGAUCAACAGCGGAUGACAAAAGGAAUUGGGCCGAGCACUGAGCCUUGUGGUACGCCUGGCAGCCAUUUUGUUAAGAGCCAGUCACAGGAAGCGAAAAUGGGUGUUACAUUCUUUUGGCUCCGCUUAAAUUGGGUCUGGCAUGGCCUGGCUCUCCCACUUGGUGAAAAUCAGGACUGUGUGUGCGCGUGUGUGUGUGUGUUGAGAGCAUGUGUGCGGUUGUGUAUAUUUGUGGGAAAGAGGGGGGGAAGAGAAAGAUAACAGAAUGGCCAUUUUACUUCUUUUUUUCUUUUUUAAAUAAAGCUGACAACCAAGCUGAGUAGGAAAAUACACUUUAGUUAUUGGCAAACUGUCUGGAGAAACCGCGAUGGACUGACAUGGACUGCCGGUUUUCCUCGAUGAUCAAUAACGGUUCCCCUUAUUUUAAAAAGGUUAUUUAAAUUUUAAAAGGACACAGCUGUCACUGGGGGACAGGAGACUGAGCUGAGUGGAUCUGAUCUCUGACAGAUCUGUAGGAAGCUGAGCAGGAAGAGUUACUGAGGAACAGAAGUACACACCGAGGACAUCCAGCGACCACACGCCAAUCUGCUGUAACGCUCCAGUAACCGCCGAUCUCCGCCGAUCUACAAGUGGCAGUGCAAUGGAGUGAGUGAGGAAGCCUGAUCUCUGCAGAGGCCCGGCACAAAGAACGUCACCGCACAUGUUUUUGUUCUGUUUUUUUUGGUCAGACUGUGCUUUCGCUCCUGGUUAAACUUCGGAAAUUGUUCCCUGUCUGUUCAUAUGGAGCAUAUUUAAAAACUCUAGGUUGUGUGGAGUGCUCCUUUUCAAAUACACUGCUGUUCUAACAUUCUAACAAGUUCUGAGAGUUGGAUAGAUCUAAGCAAUACCGUAGACACCUUCCUGUCCAUAAUGGAUCAAAUAAACGUAUUAUUGAUGAUAAUCAUUUGUAGAUCUGGUUGAAGUGAUUCCACUGAGCCUCCUGGCAGAGUCACUUGUGGUGUUGCUGUUGUCACUGUUAGAAAUGGUUUUAUCUGCAUGCACACAGGGAUUCUAUCACUUAGAGCGGGAACUCUGCUAGUUAAAAUUGCUCCAAGAGGUCAGAGUUCAGCAUCCAGGCCCGUUUCCCAAGGUGACGGAAGUGAACAGGUUACAAGGCAAGUAAACGUCUGAGCAUCUGAAAUUUGUUGUUUUACUUUUUCUUUUUCCCCCCCAAUAAUCUCUUUUCUUCCCCUUUUUCCUCUAAUUUGGGUUCUAAUGUGAAAGAUGAAAUCUGAGAUGGCGAUGUAUGAUAUCUGGAUUUUUGUAUUAAAACCAAACGAAAGAAAAAAACAA